CAUUUUAUCAAAAAUUGUAUCAAAAUGUAUAAAUUGAUUCUGCACAGCACAUUAGGGCUGGUUGUUGACACAAAUUUAACAAUCAAUUCGAUUUUUGAUUCACAAGGGUUCAUAAAAAUUAGAACCAAUUUAAAAUUGAGAAAUAGAUAUGUCUGGGGGCCGGGGUGCUCUGAUUUAAUUUGCUAACAGUAUCGACGUAAUCAGACAAUUGUUGAUCAUAAAGCACUAAUGCUGGAUGUCACCAAUGUCAUGCAUUCUUAAUGAGUAUUGUGAGCCGUGUCCUGGGCACCUAUCAGCGUCGCCCUGGCAACGAGGGAGAUUCACCUGCACGCAAUCACAGCGGGCUGAUCGGUCCCAGCUGAAGCGGAUGAGGAGAGGACUAUAAACGCUGUGCCUGAAGAAAGCUGCGGAUCGACCAGCCCGCCACCCGAGCACCGGACACCAAGUCACCUUGCACUCAGCCGGCCGGCAAACAGGAUCACGUGGCACCGAGGACGAGCACUGGACACCACAGGAUUCAGCACAAAUCAAAGCACCUGUCAAUAAAUACACCCUCCGGGGCUUCACUUUUGCACUAAACCCUGUCGUGUGAUUCUUCAGCCCGUGACACUGGUGGAGAAUGCGGGCAGAUUACUGAAGGAUCACCGACUCACACGAUUGUCCUGGUUCACCAAGUUGUUUUUUUUUUCCCCCUCUGCUUUCUCGUCAGGCGGUGACUCCCUCCCCAGCUAUGGAAGAGCUUCUCAAGCACCUGACGGAAAUAAGCAUUCGACAGCAGCAGAUCGUCGAGCACAUGGCCACUCGACAGGGCGAAACAGAGCGUGAGGUCGCUGCUCUCCGCUUCACGGCCACUCAGUGGGCCCCGCUGCCGGACCCGCGCACACAAGCCACCCAGCUCCUGCCGAAGAUGACCGUCCACGACGAUAUAGAGCAUUAUCUGGGAAUGUUUGAAACCAUCGCCGCUCGAGAGGACUGGCCCCGGGAAGAGUGGGCGCGGAUACUGGCACCGUUGUUAACCGGGGAACCCCAACAGGCCUACUUUUCCAUGCCAGCCCGCCAAAAGGAAUCCUAUGAUGAACUACGGAAGGAAAUACUGGGGCGUGUGGGUUUGUCUCCCAUCGCCGCAGCCCAAUUGUUCCGAGCCUGGGAGUAUAAUAGUCGGUUGCCAGCCUGCGCCCAAGCAGCUGAACUCAGCCGCCUCGCCCAUCACUGGUUACUCGCCGGGAGCCCCAGUGCCGCCCAAGUGGCCGAACGUGUCGUCGUGGACCGGUAUUUGUGCGCCCUACCACGGCCCCUUCGGCAGGCGGCCGGAAUGAGGAAUCCCCGCACCGUGGGAGAGCUCGUCGAGGCCGUUGAGCUAGCGGAGAUGACGAUGCGGUGUUUGUGCGCCCUACGAGGGCCGCUUUUUCAGGGGAGGGUGUACCAAGGGUGA